GCGGCGGCAGUCCCCGCUCGGCCGCCGCGAGUACCGCUCACCCCGUUGCGAUGUGAACUCACAGCGUCCGAAACUGUCUGUAACGGCAGCUUGUUUUACAUCGGUUAUAUUUUAACUUUCAGUUCGUACAUUUUUUUGAGUUGACUUUUUUGUUGUGCACCUGUUGCGUCAGAAUCUAGGCAACUGUUCAGUGGCGACAUUGAUGGAGUUCCGCUUGGACAGCGCGGAGUACUGCCAGGCCCAACACAAAUAAAGCCGAGGGCUGACGAGCGGCGGCGACCAAUGCUGCCGGGAUCGCGUGCGCCCCGCACCUCACCGACACAUACACCAGAUCACAUCUGCCGACAUCAGUUCAGCCAGUAAGUGGAGCAUAUCACCCGGAGCCCCGUGCAUGUGCGCGUAGUGACACCCCCGGCCGCGGCCGCAUGCGGGCUAGUGCUGAGUGAGGCGACCUCCAUGCGGGGAGCUCUCGUGUAAUCGGACCCUUUUCAAACCCAAGCCGAGGAACUGACGUGUGUUGUGUGGAAAUAGAGUGGCAGUCGGCUGUCGUCAUGAAGCAGAAGGACAUCAGACCGGCGCCCUCCCUCAUCGAGUACAAGGGCAUGCGCUUCCUCAUCACGGACCGCCCGUCUGACGUCACCAUACAAGCCUACCUGCAGGAGCUGCGCAAGCACGGCGUGUGCACGGUGGUGCGCGUGUGCGAGGGCAGCUACGACACGGCGCCGCUGCGCGCGGACGGCAUCGAGGUGCGCGACCUCGCCUACGACGACGGCACCUUCCCGCCCGCGCAAGUCGUCGACGACUGGUUCGACAUCCUGCGCGAAAAGGCGCAGAACAAGCCGGAGGCGGCGGUGGCGGUGCACUGCGUGGCGGGUCUCGGGCGCGCGCCCGUCAUGGUCGCCAUCGCGCUCAUCGAGCUCGGCAUGAAGUACGAGGAGGCCGUCGAGACCAUCCGCGACCAGCGUCGCGGCGCCAUCAACGCGAAGCAACUGUCCUACCUGGAGAAGUACCGUCCCAAGUCGCGGCUGAAGCGCAACGGACACAAGAACUCCUGCUGCGUGCAGUAGACGGCGAAUGUAGCUCUGCUUUCACACACACACUCACUCACCGACGAGCAUACACCUAGUUAUAUACCGGGUCGCUUUUUUGACGACUUUUUUUCCAAUCGCUCGCCCGCCGCGCCGGGCCGCGCCUCGCCGGCUGGCGGGCGCGUUUCGUCGGCGGGGGCGGGCGGGGCUCCCCCCGCCCGCGCCCACCGCCCCUUUUACCUUUGACAUGUUCAAGUUUUCAAUGUAAUCGGUUCGGGAGCCGCCCCGCCCCGCCCGGUCCGCGGUCGGCUGCGCGGAGGUGAACGCUGAACAUUGUGUCGUGCUCGCUCUUAUUAUUAUUUCGUAUUUUCUUGUAUCUUUGUGUGAAAAUCGUAGUAUAUCGUUUCCUUUAUAUUUUCAUUUGUAGGACUAUUAAUGAAAUAUUGAGACAUAAUAGAAUGAAUAAUUGUGUUGCGUCGUACAUUUUAUUUUAUUUGACGAUAAUAUUUUGAAUCGAUUGUAUUUAUAUGGAUUUCGAUUAGUGUGACGGCCGACGACGCGGCGCGCGACCGGCGCGACUGACACCGCGUAUGUCCCUACUCCCUACGGAAACUUGACUCACUGAAUGUUCCAAAAAUAGCUCUUUGAUAUUAUUUUUCUAUUUCUAAUUUUAUGAAGAUAAUCAAAAAUAUAUGAUUGUGUAACCGGGAGCUGUCACAUUCAUAAAUAAAAAUAUUUAUAAGCAAAA